GUCUGGUUAGAAAAAGGUAUAGCGGUACGUUCAACGUUUGCGUUACAUUUUAGCUUGAUUCGCUAUAUAUUUCUGUUUUAACUGUGAGACUCGCACAAGUGUUUCUCCAGUUCCAUAAAUUUAACCAAUAACUCUUUCACUAAUUAGUUAUGGUUAGUCAUACAAAAAAGCCACGAACUCAGUCACCUGUCAACGUGAUGACUAAUAGUAUAAAUAUGCUCGCAACGACGAGCUGCACAACUCCCACAAAGUAUGGAAAUGAGGCACACAGCUUGCCAAUACGCCGCAAGCGUCGAGCUGCCGGUUCACUACCAUCUACUGUGGCUGAAACUGAGGGCGAAAACUUGCUGACAAACAGCAGUAGCAACGCUUCUACAAACUCAGCACUUGGUCCUGACAUAAACCUCUUCACUUCACCCUAUGUACGUGUCACAAAACUUCAGAUUCCAAGUCCAGCUCCAACACUUACUUCAGAAAUAGAACGACUAAAGCUG